AAGCAGGGCUCUCAAGCGCUUGCUGUCCUGCGUAGGCUGUUAAGUGCUUUGACAAGCUCUGAAGGGCAACAAGGGCACUGUUUUUUUUACCAGAAGAUGCAGCCAAGACUGUUUCAGGUUUUCAGAGCUGUGCUGCUGCUGUACUUGCUUGUCCUUUUACAAGAUGCAGAUUCUUCUUCUUCUGGGAGAUGUAAAAUACAAGAAAAAUCCAAGUGUUUGGGCACUGGACAUACUAAAUCAAGCAGAAACCUAAAGAAAGAUAUGUGGGUCAUCCUGGAUCCAACUCUGAACAUCUCAACUUUUGCCUCCCCGUCUCCAAACAGGUCUUUGUCACCAUGGACAUACGAGACUUCCUAUGAUGACUCACGAAUCCCAUUGCAAAUUUCUGAGGCAAAAUGUGAAAAAAGAGGCUGUUUAAAUGAAAAUGGGGAGGAAGACUUAGGACUGGAGUCUAAACCUAUCUUCUACCAGAUCCAUGUCCUGAGAAGAGUCAAGGGCAAAAACAAGCGCUACACACUUAAACUGGAAAAUAAAAUCAUCAGUGUGGGCUGUACAUGUGUUUUACCUAUUGUUGUGCCUCAGAUAUAGUGUUGCACUCUUCUAUUGUGUAUUGUUAUAUCCUUGUAAUAAUCUAUCAUCUUUAGCAGCAGUACUUUGAUCAUCUUCAUAUUUAUUGUAAUAUUUCCUUGAUUAAUAAACUGCAUUCAUGGUUCUUGCUUCAAAACGUGUAACGUUUCUGAAGAACAACUCGUCUUUAUCUGAAGCAGUUUA